AUGAAUCUUUCAUGAACAGAGAAAUGAAAUCAGUGAAGAAGCUCAUCAUCAUUUACUCUCUAUUUCAAGCUGUUUUGUCUAGAGAAUUCUCCAUCAGUCUACCAGAGAGUGUAGAAGCUCUGAGAGGACUCUGUGUUCUCAUACCCUGCAGUUUUCAGAUUACAGAACAAUAUGAUGCAGACCUCCGGGGAGCUCCUACAGGAAUCUGGUUAAAAGAUGGCAUUAAUACUGAGAAUAACAAAGUCUUUAACUCUAAAGAAGCUACAGAGAACAAGAUUGAAGGUGAAAUUAUUGGAGAUCUCCUCAUGAAGAACUGCACCACCAUCUUCUACAACAUCAGACAGAGUGACAGAGGAACAUAUUACUUUAGAUUAGAGGCUUUGGGACGUCUAAAAAACACUUAUACAACAUCAGUAUCAGUAAGAGUUCGAGCAUCUCCAAUCAGACCCUCAAUAACACUGUAUAAGGAGGAUCAGGGGGAGGUGGAGGACCACAAUGAGGUGGUGUAGGUAACUUCACUGAGUCUCAUUUGCUCUGCUCGAACUCCAUGUCCCUUCAAACCCCCUAUUAUUACAUGGAGCUUCCUGCCUGGGGAGAGAAGACAGGAGCAGAACCACAACACCAGCUUCAGCUCCUCAAAGCUGAACUUCAACGUUACUCUCCUGCAUCAUGGACUCGAUUUCACCUGCACUGCCACCUACCAGCUCCAGAACCUUAACAAAUCAGUACAGAGCUCUCGUACUCUACAUGUUCUGUUUGUAGAUGUUUCCUCUGUGCUGAUUGGUGCUGCUGUUGGAGCUUCAGUAAUGAUGAUACUGUGUGGUAUAUUCCUGUGGUUAACAGUUCUGUGAUCACCGUGCCGUCCACACGCCACCACCGCUAGGAGAUGAGGCUGCAUCAACUUUAUUGUAACUUUUAAGCAUUAAAUCCUCUAAAUACAUGGUCAUGUUAUACAUUGUUUGAAAGCUUAGACUCUCAGGAUUUUACUAAUCC